GGAAAAACCGAGAGUUGAGGAACAACUGAUAAAUGAACUGAUUACUAUGAUGCAAAACUCUGAGAAGAAUUUUCCUGAUGAGCAGUUAGCAGAGCAGGGCAAAGGUCAAUCAGAAGACUUUGUGAAAAGCCUCUCCAGCAUUUUUGUCACCUUCCCUGGUGUGGGUUAUGGAACAAGGACAACAUCUGUCAUUCUUGUGGACCACUUGAACAGAGUUAUGUUUAAGGAGCGAACAAUGAAGGAACCAAUCAACCUGGAGGCACCUGAAUGGGAAGUAAAUGAACAUAGUUUCAUUUCAAAGAAGAAAUACUGAAAAUGCCUGUAAACUCUUAAAUGCAGUAUUUACUAUACAAUAUUAAUUUCUGAAGACAGUAGUCUGCUGUGUCUGUACAGUCUUUGCAUUCAUGUUAAAAGAGCUCUACCUGAAUCACUUGUACACAUUUUGUGUAUACAGUAUUUAGAAGUUUUAUGAUUUUUUCUGUAUAAUCUAUUAUAUAUCAUGAAAAAUAUUUUUAUCUGAAUCCCUUGGAUUUAUAGCCUGCUUAUCUUCAGCAGUCUUAUUACAAACAGUAUGCUGUAAGAAGAUUGAGACACUUAUGCAGCAUAUGGGAAUCUUUAUUCAGGAAACGUUUCGCCACGCAGUGGCUUCAUCAGUCCAAUACAAAGAGGAAGGCGUAAGGAGAGGAGGAGAAUGAGGUAAUCUAUUCAUCACAACUGUCAGACACUGCAGCAUCAUGGGAUCUUGUUACAAAGAAUUCUUCAACACUUGUUCAACCUUUGGAGGAAGACCUACUUCGACUAGUGGAUGGUACCACUAUGACCCCGCCUCCAACUGCUUCACGUCACCUCACUACAGUAUAUAAGCCAUGUCUACGGCCCUAUGCUGUACAUUCUACAAGAUUGAUGGACUGAACACAUCGACUCCAGGUUGAGGGACUGAUUACCUCAUUCUCCUCCUCUCCUUACGCCUUCCUCUUUGUAUUGGACUGAUGAAGCCACUGCGUGGCGAAACGUUUCCUGAAUAAAGAUUCCCAUAUGCUGCAUAAGUGUCUCAAUCUUCAACAUGUCGGUUUUUCAAACCAUUCAUCACACACAGUAUGCUGUAAGAAUUAAGAUGAAGCUUUGUACAGUACUAUACUGGAAUGCAAAAUAGUAAUUUCUCAAGGGUACAUUUAAUGUUCAUGAAACGGUUCUUCCACUCUCUUGUACCCGUUUUCCUUAUGAAAUAACCCUUUAUACUCUCUUUCCGUCUCGAGGUACCUUCCCUUCUUUAGGUAUAUACUGAACAAAUACACCAACCACUAAAAC